AUGUCACAAAAGUUAAGAUCGAGCGUCACUCGCACGAGUAACGAAGAAUCUAAUGAAGACGAUAAGAACUGUGUGAAUGUAAAUUCUGAAGAAUUAUCUGUUAAAAAAAUUCGGUCCAUAUUAUAUGAGGAGUCUAUAAAUUUUAGUGAUAAAAAUACUUACUACAAAAGUAGUAAUAUCCAUAAUUAUAAUAAUAUAGACACGUAUAUGGAUUAUAUAAAAAAAUCGAAUUACGCUAGAAGCUAUGAACAGGAAAAUAUAUAUAACGAGGCUUUAAAUUUAUACAAUAAUAGAAAUGUUUAUAUAAAAAAAAAGUAUCGUAAUGAUUUAUAUUAUAACAUUAAGAGAGACCUGAAACGAGGACAUUACUUUGGUGACGAUUCUGAGUAUAUGGAUUACAUGCAUAAUGAAAAUAUAGACUAUAAUAAUAUAAAUGAUCAAUAUAAAGAUGGUAAUCAUAUAAACGAUCAAUAUAAAGAUGGUAAUCAUAUAAACGAUCAAUAUAAAGAUGGUAAUCAUAUACACGAUCAAUAUAAAGAUGGUAACCAUAUAGAUGAUAAAAUUGUUAAGAGUGAACAUAUUGGUAAUGAAAAGAAAACAAAUGGGAUGAAUGGAAAAUCCAAAUGUUAUAUAAAUGACAUGAACAGAAAAGAUAAAAAAAGAAAUAAACAUAAUAAUAUAAAUUAUAAUAAUAUAAAUUAUAAUAAUAUAAACUAUAAAGAUAAUAAUAAUAAUGAUGAUGAUAAUGUAAAUAAUUCAUGUGAAGAUAAUUUUUACAAGGAGAAUUCCAAAAAUAUGUGCCGUUAUAAAAAUAAAAUAUACGAUAAAGAUGGCGAGUUUGAUACAUUCGUAGAAGAAUUUUGUGAUGAUAUAAAUAUUGAUAAUUGUAAUUUAAGACAUCUUAAAUAUACACAAGCUUUGUAUAAUAAAAGAAAAAAAGAACAGAAUAUUAUAUUUUAUAAAAAAUAUAAAGAAUUGUUUGGAAAAAAUAAACCGAAUUUAAAAAAUGGUAAUGAUAUAAAUAAUAGGAAAAAAUCAUUAAGGUGUAUGAAUGAACGAAUUAGUUAUAUAUGCAAAGGUAAUGAUGAUGAAAUAUAUAAUAAUAAUUAUAAUAAUAGAGAUUUGCUUACAGAUAUUAAAGAAUUAAAUAGUAUGAGUGAAUCUAAUGAUUAUAAUGAAAAAGAAGAAAAUUUCCUUGAACAAUUAAUAAAAUUAAGAUAUACACCUGAUCAGAUUACACAACUAAGUGAUUUAUUUGAAAACCCUAAAACCUUAAAAACAGUAAAUGUAAAAAUAUUAAAUUGGUUAAAUUGUCAAUUAAAUAAUGGUUAUUGGUUAGAAAGAUUUUCUUUAUUUUUAUUAGGAUUAACUAUAGCUAUAGGAGUAGGAAAUAUUGAAACAAUAUGGUUUCUAAUGUCCACAUGGCAUGGUGUUAUAUUUAUUGUACCAUAUAUUUUAUGUUAUUUUUUUGUUUGUCAUCCUAUUUUAACAUUCGAAUUAUAUAUUGGACAACUAGUCAGAACAUCAACACCAUUUAUAUUCUAUAGAUUAUUAAAACCAUGUGCAUCUGUAGGAUUCUUAAUGGUAUUAGCAUGCCUUAUGAAUAGUUAUAUCAAUGGGUAUAGAACCGCAUCUGAAUAUUUUAUCUAUUUAAUAAAUAGCUUUAAAAAAGAUCUUCCUUGGAAAUUAAGUAAAGAAGAAAUCAAAUUCUGUACUGAUUUCAAAAAUGAUUUUGUUAACUGUCAUAGUCAUAGACCUUUAUGCUUAUUUUCUAAACAAUUAUCUACAUGUGUACCUAAUAGCAUAGGAAAAGCUUUCUUAAUAUAUCAUAAAAAAUUUUUCCCAAAUAAUAAUCUUUAUAAUUUCUUAUUAAAUAUUAGUGAUCAUAAAAAUUAUAUUAAUAUUUUUUCAAACGGAGAUUCCUAUUUUGAUAAAGACACUCUUAUAUUUCUCUUCAUAUGUAAUUUCCUAGUAACCAGUUUUCAACUUUUCGGAUUAACCAACUUUGCGUUCUCAGCAGCUCUUGUCCUUUUAUUAAUAGGCUUUCUAUCUAUAACACAAUUUGCUACCAUGUUUAACUUGAAUAGUGCUUCACAGGCUUAUUCCCACGUCUUAAAAUCCUGGAAUUUUUCAUACUUGUAUACUUAUUCGUCCAUAUGGUCCCAGUGUGUAUCAUUUGCCCUUUAUGAGCUCUCCAUAGGUAUAGGAAUAUAUUCUUCCUUAGCCACAAAAACGAGAAUCGGAACUAACCUAGCUUUUGAUGGAUAUGCUAUCACUACGUGGAAUUCCAUCAUAUCGUCUCUUAUGUUUUUCUCAGCUAUUGCCGUUAUUGGUUUCAUAUCAAAAAGUUUGAAUUCCAAUUUUGUCGAUAUUUUAGAAUUCUCAAGAAGUGACUGUUCAUUUAUUCUUUUUCCAGUUGGUUUCACAUAUUUAAAAAAAAUGGAGGUAAAAAAAAAAUAUAUA